AUGCUGUCGCUGCGCUUCAAGGAUCAGGACAAAGUCAAGUAUUUUCGGUCGGUCGAGAACGAGCUUCGAAGCAGAGGAGUCCGAACUUUCAUGGUGAACACCAGGCGUGAUUUCGGGCCAGAGACCAUGCGCGGUCUGGCUGGGGCAGUGAUAAUGGUGGCAUUCUGCACAGCAGACUAUGGAGAAAAGACCAGGGGCGUAUAUGAGACGUAUUCCGAACUCAGGCAUGCGAUGGAGAAUUGGCAGGAAAUCACCCUCAUUCCAGUGAAGAUGUGCAAAAAGUGGCCGCCCUCACCUCCAGGUCAAGAGGGAAAAGACUUGUGCAAAAUGGUCUUCGGGCAUAGCCGCAUUGUAAUCGAAGGGCUUCGGACGGAUGAAGACGGUAUAUGCCUCUUCAAGCCUGCCAAGGAUCUUGCGAUUGAGAUUCUAGACCACAUCCAAGAGCUUGGGCUACUGCAUGAGGUCGCCAGUCGCUACAUACCGGCCAAUCGUAGUCUCCAGGCUCUCAGGUCAGCAGAAGAGAUUCUCAAUCACAUUGAAGAACUCGGGGUAAUGGACGAAAUCCUCAGUCUGCACAAAUCGGGUGCUCUGAGCCUCCUGGCUGCCAGAACAGCGGACAAAUGUACACAAACUGAGAAAGGGUUCGAUAUGGCGGUGGAUGUCGGCGAGCACAAGAGUCUGGAUGCAGACCCGCCCCGCAGUCUCAUAGUUCGCCGACGCAGCGGCAAGCCCACCAUCGCAUCUGAAAACAUACCCCGCGUUCACAUACUUCGGAGGAGCAGGGCCGGAGCUUCCCCAGCAUCCGAGGCAGCAUUGCCUGGCGAGAUUUCGGACGUGUUUGAAGAUGUGCCGUAUGGCAGAUGGUUUGCAAGCGUCUCCCAUGACAGAUCAAGCGAAAGAAGCCGGUUCCUUGAAGGAAGAGACAUCCGAUAA